AUCAUCUAACCAAAAGUAAUAGGAAAUUAAUUUUAACAAACACAAACACAAAAUCUUGUAAAGAACGUUAACGAUACAAAUAACAGUGCGAGAGAAUGGUGGUAUGGGAGAUCACUUUGGCGACGGCCUAUUUCUUGGGGCUUAAACGGACUUACAGACUCGCUUUGAAGAUUCAGCGUCGCAUUAUAAGCCAAAAACACCCUAAGAUACGCCAGUUUGCUCACAGACGAACACGUGCUGUAUUUGAUGUGGCACUCAAGUUUCACCGGAAGAUACAAGAAAGGGACAUAGAAGUUGGUCGAAAUCUUGGUAACUGGAUUCUGCGAUGGCUUGACCGGAUGAAGCCUUCUGCUCAAAUCCGUGGUUCAUCAGAGAAACCCAUACAUGGUUCUGGUCCAAACAUGAACAUGAGCAACCAAGUAACACAAUCUUCCAAGCCAAAAACUAAUGGGAUCAGUACAUCUAGAAACCAGGAUUCAGACAGGCAUCUAUUCACCUCGUUAACAAAUAUACGACCUAAACACUUUCCUUCAAUUGCAAUGAUGUUGCGACCACCAAGGACAGCUGGGUCCAUAACCCAGUGUAGGCAUCUCUACAACAGUGGGGCUGAUAUGUCAAGGUUGAACUACAAAAGAGGUGGGUUUGAUGGAGUUAUUAGGAAGGAUAUAAUGCUGUGGAUGCUGCAAAAUUAAAGGUAAAAGUUCAUAUUUAUUUGUGUUUUUGGACUCUUAAAUUUUGAGAUUCAUCUAAGGGAGAUUUGGUUUGAUGCUGUAUCAUCAAAGGACUGCAUGCCAUGGAAACUAACAUAUCUAAGGAUCAAGCAUUUUGUUAUGCUUCUUUGGUGCUCAUGGAUAAUAAAUUAAGUUCCCUUUGAUUUUCUGACUUUUAAUUUUCUUGACCCGCAUUUUCUGGGGAGAUUCAGGUUAUUGUGAUCGCAAAAAUAGUUAUGAAUAUUAUUGUUGUUUUCUAAUUGUACUUGUCAAUCCUGUAAAUACACCAGACCUGGCAAUCAAACCGGGAUGAACCAGGUCUAUUUUAAGCAGAGGAUUGAGCUGACAUUCUUAACUUCGUGCUUUCAAUCUUAUAAACCACGUUUUUAUUUAAUGUUAAUGAGUUUUAGUGUUCCCCUGCGGUUUACUUGCUCAGCAAUUUGCACAUCAACAAAGUGCAAGCAUAUUUACAUCAGA